AUGCCAAUAGGACCCAAAGUACAUCGGAGUGGAUAUGUCUUCAAGAAGGGAGGACUCAUCAAAUCCAUCAAGAAACGUUGGUUAGUACUCAAUGAUGAAGAACUCGCAUACUAUGAAAAUGUUGAGAAAAUGGCUGGAGAGCCACCAAUUGAUAGAAUUUAUCUUCGACUCGUGAUUGCUGCUGAAGAUACGGGAAAGACUGAAGUCAUUUCCAAGAAGAAUUAUUAUGAAUUUAUAAUCAAGACGAAUUUGGGAAGAGAUUAUCAGAUCUAUGUGGAGACUGCGGAAGAGAGAAGCGCUUGGGUAGAUACUAUCAAUUCAUUAACUCACGCUUUUAAGAGUCCUGUGAAGAGCUUUGAGAAGGUUACGGAUCCAAACAUGUACAACAAAAUGGCUGCUGUCAAAAAUUGA